AUGGCUCCUCCCACCGUCACACGGCCUGAGGGGCAACUCAAUAUAAACCUCUCCGGGUUGACUCCUAUCAGCGAGCCUUCCUCGGUUCCUACCAGCAAAUCUCCUUUUGGCGGUUCAAAAUCUUCCUCGGGACUGGCAGGACUUUCCAAUGCAAGAGUAGGAGCUGGCUCUCCUCUUCACGAACAGGCUUCUCGGCUGUUUCCAAAGCGUACACGGGAAUUACAGUCUCAGACCUCUUUAACCCCUAAUAUCUGGGGUCCUCCAACAAGUGGUACUUCAACCCCACUGUUUGAGAUCCCGGAAUCCCCCAGCCAGGAUGGUUUCCCAGAUUUGGUGCCUCUCACCGAGACUGGGAUAAAUAGUCCCGCGCGACGCGGACGAGCUGGCACCUUGCCCUCCAGAAUAUCCCCAGUCGGUACGAUUAAUGGAGUGAAUGUCAUAACCUCAAAGACUUCUCGUCCAACUCCUUCCACGAGUCCAUUCCGACCCGGUUCCACCUCCGCAGCCGAAACCGCGUUCUAUUCGACAGCCUCUAACCAAGCCAACCCCGGAACUUCAGCCUUUCUAUCCAGGCUUCGUGCCGGAAGCAUGCCUCAGCGGUCAAGUCUGCUUGGUCCUUCUGGCCCCUUUGGUCAGAAUGCUUUUAGUUCGAGCUGGGGGACAAGGACUCGGGCAGCUACUCUGACAAGUAUCAGUUCUGCUGAAGAUCCCACAUCCCCUCAACCGUCUGGAUACUCCAAGGACGGCAUGUCUGACUCUGGGGUCCGCACACUUGACUAUCUUGGUCUGGCCGAACCACCUCAUCACUCGAAAUCUGACGGCCUUCGCCAAGUCGCAGAUGAUUCUGCUCAUGGCCAGGACCCCAGUUUGUCCGAUGUAUUGGCUGGCUUUGGAAUGCGUAAUUCCAGUCGAUUCAGAUCCUUCUCUGUGAACACACAAUCCAAAUAUGCCACCGAGGCUCAAGAAGGGAACAGUAACUUUCCGUUGUUCGCUAGCGGGUCAUUGACACCCUCAGCAGCAGCCGCCCUGGAAGCCGAGUAUGAGUUGGUCCAGGAGAAGGUCCGUCUGCAUAAUCAGGCGGUUCAGGCAUUUGCGGUGAAUGCCAGUGCUGCACGCCCGCGAGCUCGAACUGCCGGCCUUGUCGAAACACCUCAACGUACGUCACUUCGUAAUUUGUCACAGCAACCAGCAGACAAGCUUGGUAUGGUGUUUGAUAUGCCGGGAUCGAAUGCAAUGGACCAGGCCGCUCUUGCGGACACUCUGCAGAAUAUGUCCAUCGUGGAAAACGUGAACUUAUCAUACGAAGGAAUGGAUGAAUCAGAAGUCCAGGUCUCUCGGUCCCUUUGGAUAGGCUCAAUCCCGAAUUCCACAACAAUGUCCUCGCUGGAUGCCAUCUUCAACCGGUAUGGCCCGAUUGAGUCAACCAGGGUACUCACUCACAAAAACUGCGGUUUCGUCAACUUCGAAUCGGUCGAGCAUGCCGUCCGCGCGAGACAACUCCUCAACGGAAAAGAAAUCUUCCCCGGCGCCGGCCCCGUUAGAAUCGGGUUUGCAAAGGCUCCGAAUGCGUCCGUCUCCUUGACCCCGGUGCCGAAUGCCACACCUCCCCCUGGCUCGAACGGAAAUAUUGAGGCAGGGGCAUCGCAAGCUCAGGACACUACUGGCAGCCCAGCUGGUUCUACAAACAUGCAGCAAACGCUGAGUAUGCCAGCUCCUGACCGCCUAGCGGAACUGCAGCCGGACAUAUUGCAAAUCAUUCUCGAUUUUGGUGGGCAACAGUCGGAUUUACCGACCAUCGCUGCAAAUAUCGAGAGUGCCAUUCACUACACUCGUCUAGAGAAAGAGAUCCCUCCUAUCCCAGAACCGAGUUCUACAAGAAUGUAUGAUGCUCCUAGGCUCCGGGACAUACGCAAGCGGAUUGAUAACGGAGCCUGUGGCUUGCAAGAGAUUGAACAGAUUGCUAUCGACAUGUUGCCUGAGAUUGCAGAGUUGUCUUCGGACUAUCUUGGGAACACCGUGGUCCAGAAGCUGUUUGAAUACUGCUCUGAGCAAACCAAAGAACAAAUGCUGACCUGCAUCGCACCCCAUCUUGCUGAGAUCGGAGUGCACAAGAAUGGAACCUGGGCUGCGCAGAAAAUCAUCGAAGUGUGCAAGACCGAAACACAAACUCGAUUGAUUGUCGACUCGCUUCGCCCCUACACUAUCCCCCUAUUCCUCGACCAAUAUGGCAACUAUGUUCUUCAGUGCUGUCUUCGUUUUGGACCACCGUACAAUGACUACAUCUUCGAGACCAUGCUUAGCCAACUAUGGGAAAUUGCCCAAGGACGUUUUGGGGCCCGGGCAAUGCGCGCUUGCUUGGAGGCUCAUCAUGCUACAAAGAACCAGCAGCGCAUGAUGGCAGCGGCUAUUGCUUUGCACAGUGUGCAGCUUGCCCAGAAUGCCAAUGGGGCACUGCUGUUGACCUGGCUCCUCGACACCUGCACGUUUCCUCGUCGGCGCUCAGUCCUUGCCCCCAGACUGAUCCCCCACCUCGUGCAACUUUGCACGCAUAAGGUGGCCUAUCUCACCGUGCUCAAGGUCAUCAAUCAACGAAAUGAACCAGAGGCUCGUGAUCUCGUUCUGAACGCCCUAUUUUUCAGCCCAAAUGACAAUGUGCUCGAACAGAUUCUGUGCGACCAAACCUCUGGUGUGACGCUGAUUUUCAAGAUUCUGACCACACCUUUCCUUGACGAUCACAUGAGACCAGAGGUGGUCCAAAAUGUUUCCAAAAUUCUCACCAAGAUCAAGGCUCAGCCGAACCAAGGAUACAAGCGGAUCAUGGACGAAGUUGGGUUGUCAUCGAGGCCUAGCCAACCUGUUAUGCAACAAUUCCCCUCUCAUGGGCACCCAAACCUGAACGAUCGUGCCAGGCCAAUGGCUCAGCCGCAACAUGUCCCUAUGACGGGACCGCAACAGCCCAAUUUUCCUCAGCGGCAGUACAGUGGCACCUUCGUCCCCAACGGUGGCGCUUUCGAGAAUGGCAUGAGUCCAAUUCGGACGGGCUCGGCCGACUCGUUCGGUUUCGCACCUUACACGAUGAACGGGUUCCAGUCGCAGCAGCAAUAUUCGCAGCUUCCAUACCAACAAAUGACCCCACAAUCUCAAUAUCAGAAUUUCCCAGCUGCAGCCCCUCAGCGUUCCAACAGCGGGUACAUGCCCAACGGCUAUGCUGGCUACGCAACGCCGCCGACGACCGUCGAUCCUUUUCGACCGUUGCAGAACCCAUCAUCCUCACCUCUCUCUUUCUCGGCUCAAAUGAGUCCCGUCAUCGGUUCGACUGGUUUUCCCCCACAGAGCUUUCAGCAGAAUAUGCCUUCCAACAUGUACAAUUAUCCUCAACAACAGUUUUUCUUCUCUCCACCAAUGCAGACAGUCCAUUCUGGAGGAAGAGGUCGUCGGAGAUAG